CAAGGUGAGUGUGUAUCAUCGAUACAUUCACUUUAGAUGACAUGAUUUUCCUUUCGCAGAUAACGAUUUUGGGUCUGACCCUACUGCUUUGCUUGGGGCUUGCACACUCACAUGGUUUUGGUGGAAAGUUCGGAGGAGGUUACGCCCCUGUCUACAACAACUUUGUUCCAUAUCCAGUGGCCCAGCCUGUUCCAGUUCCCGUAGCUAUUCCUCAACCAAUUCCAGUCCCAGUCCCGCAACCAGUAGUUAUUCCCAUCAAACACGGAUGGAAGGGCGGUCUAGGUCUAGGUGGAUUUGGAGGAGGUUAUGGCGGCGGUUUCGGAGGCUACCAGAACUUUGCCUCUGCCUCCUCAUUUAGCUCUGCCAGUUCGUUUGGCGGUGGCUAUGGAGGCUUAGGCGGUAGUAUCUUUAGAAGGCGCUAGAAGUAUUGUUUUAUGUUUACUAAAUAUAUAUUUUAGG